GAGCUUCCUGAUUUCUGAAGUCUGAGUGAUUUCCUCUGGGUGCCGAGAAGAAACAGCCUUCUGCAUUCACAGCCGAAGGGAAAGCAGCAGGUUGCGGCUUCUUGUGGCCAACUUCAGAGCCUGUCACCAGGAAAGGUAAGCAUGGGAGGAAGGAAGAUGGCGAGAGAUGAAGAAAAUGUCUAUGGUUUAGAAGAGAACACUCAGUCCCCGCAGGCGUCCACGCGGAGGCUCAUCCUUGUUGGUAGAACAGGGGCCGGCAAGAGCGCCACUGGGAACAGCAUCCUGGGCCAGAGACGGUUCUUUUCCAGGCUGGGGGCCACGUCUGUGACCAGGACCUGCGCCACGGGCAGCCGCAGGUGGGACAAGUGCCACGUGGCAGUCGUGGACACUCCAGACAUUUUCUGCUCCCAAGUGCCCAAGACAGAUCCUGGCUGUGAGGAGAGAGGUCAUUGCUACCUGCUCUCGGCCCCCGGACCCCACGCGCUGCUCCUGGUGACCCAGUUGGGUCGUUUCACCGCCCAGGACCAGCAGGCGGUGAGGCAGGUGAGGGACAUGUUCGGGGAGGAUGUCCUAAAGUGGAUGAUCAUCGUCUUCACCAGGAAGGAGGACCUGGCCGGGGGCUCCCUGCAUGAUUACGUGAGCAACACAGAGAACCGGGCCUUGCGCGAGCUGGUGGCCGAAUGCAGGGGCCGGGUCUGUGCCUUUGACAACCAGGCCACCGGCCGGGAGCAGGAAGCCCAGGUGCAGCAGCUGCUGGGGAUGGUGGAGGGCCUAGUGCGGGAGCACAAGGGCGCCCAUUACUCCAACGAGGUGUACGAGCUGGCGCAGGAGCUGAGCGGGGCAGUCCCCGAGGAGCGGCUCCGGAGGGUGGCGGAGCGCGUGGCCGCCAGGGUGCGGAGGAGGCCAUGGGGCGCCUGGCUGCCGGCUGGGCUGUGGAAGUGGCUGAAGCCCCCCAGGAGCUGGAGGCUGGGCCUGGCCCUGCUGCUGGGGGGCGCGCUCCUGUUCUGGGUGCUGCUCCACUGGCGCUGGUCGGAGGCUCUUGCGGAGGUCGGGCCUGACGGACAGCGCAGGUCCUAAAACUGAAGACAACUUGGUUAAGAGAGGCUAAAUUCUUGGAGCUGAAGGGAAAACUUCAUUCCAACGGAAGGAAUACCGUAGUUUCAGGCAUAGUUUUAAUGACACAGAAAACUUUGAAUGCUGCAUCAUCUUUGCAAUUUUGCCAAGGCUCAGAGUUCACUUUUUAAGUUUUUAACUCAUUUUAAAUGAUGUGUAUGCAGUUUUAAAAUAAAUUCGUCUAACAAUAA